GCUCCUCUGACUUGCGGCUGCUGCUGCUGUUGUUGUUGUUAGGUGGUCGGCGCGUCUUUGUUUUCUCCUCUGUUACGAUGGCGAGCGUAGGCGGUGGAGGAGGUGGAGGAGGAGUAGGCAAGUGGGAGGUGGUGAAGGGAAAGAAGUCGAACGGGGUGAGAGGCAAGCCGUCUCGCCCGGCCAUCGUGACGCUGGGGCCGAUGAUGGGUCCCAUCAAGACCAGCGAGACGAUGUUCGAGCUCGCCUUCGACCGAGAGAAGAAGUCGGCCAAGGAGCAGCCUCUUCAGCAACCGCCGCCGCAGCAGCAGAACGUCAAGAAAGCAUCGGCGAAGCAGAGCAAGAAAGCCAACGGAGACGCAAGUCCGUCGGGAGGGCGAUUUGCCACGUUGGAGGACGCUUUGAAGGCGCUUGACCUGAAGGACAUGAAAGCCCAGCUGGACAAGUCCCAGGCGAUGUUCAUGGACGAGCCAACGGUCUGGGUGAAGGACAUCGCAGGAUACCUCAACCUCAAGCUGCAAGCUCCCGAGAGCGACCCCGCACUCAGCCGCUACCCUCACGACUACCCGCUGUGCCUGGCGAGGAGGGAGCUGAGAGCCUUGGUGCUGGGCCUGCUGCAGCGCUGCGGCCGUGGGGGUCACUGCACGCUGCUGCAGUACUCCCUCGCCAUGAUGCUGCGCGAGUCCGACAAGCCCUCAGGGGAGUCGGUGCACGGCUACCGGCUGUGCGUGCAGUUCGUGCUCUCGGAGUACCCCGAUGUUGUGGAGGUGCAAAUGGCGGAGAACCUGAAGCUUCUCAACGCGUCCGUCAACAAAACGAACAAGUGCCUCUCGCUGCUGUGGGCUCUGAACCAGAGUGGGGAGCACGACCUGGCCGUUGGACUUCGAGUGUGGGUGGAAGCCUUCCUGCCCCUGAUCCAGAUGAAGCCGUACUCGGCCUACGUCAUCGGCAGCCUCCACCACCUGCUGCACGCUCACGGGAACCUGAGCAGCGGCUUCGGGAUCGUGACCCUGGAGCAGUUCCUCUCGCUGCUCGAGCUGGCGUUUGCGUCUCCGAGCACGGCGCUGGCCCCCGGGGCGCAGAAGCAGCUGCAGGUGGUCUACCCACGCUUGAAGGAGCUGGUGCUGCGGGGCUGCCCCGACGCCGCGCCGCCUCGCGCCCUCCCCGUGCUGCUGGCGCGCCUGGCCGCGACGGCGCGCGGCUCGGUGCAGGCGCGGGAGCUGCUGGGCUGCCUGGUGGAGGGGCUGGCGAGCGGCGCUGCGGAGGCGCUGCCGGUGUGGAGGGGGCUCUACGCGGACCGCCUGGCGCCGUCCAGCCUCCUCCUGCAGCAUCUGCUGAAGAACUGGAACUCCGUGUCAGGCAAGGUUUCUCGGCAGGAGCUACGCGAGUCGGUGCUCGUGUUUGCGGAGGCCAACAAGCAGAUGGCGCUGCAGAGCCGGCGCAGGGAGGGCCUCAAGGAGAGCACCGCCGCUUGCGCCGGCCUCCUGGAGAAGAUGAAGGUGAAAGCGGUGCCGUGGAGGAGGUACGUGAUGGCCGGCGUCUUCCUGCUCUGCUGCUUCCUGGCUCAGGACGUGUGGCGGAGCGGCUCCGUGCAAGACUCGGCGAGUGCCAGGCUGCUGCGUGAGACGGGCAUUGCCGAGGCCGCUCAGCGAGGCUGGGCCGUCGCGACUCUCUACUCGGCAUGGGGAUACAGCUGGCUGCAGGAGAGCGUUCCGCCUCUGUGGGCGCGCGCAUGCGGGGCCGUGGGGCCGUGGGUGGCCCGUGCCUGGGACGCGGCCGCCGGGGCCGGCGCUCUGCUGUGGGCGCGCGUGGAGCCGACUGCCACGUGGACGGCCGAGGGCCUGCACGCCGGCUUCAAGACGGCGCGUGCGGAGCUGCCGGCGCUGCUGGAGGAAGUGGCUCGACGCACGCAAGAGGUGGCUGCCCACGUGCACCAGCGCUACCUGCUCCCCGUGCUCCAAGCCUUGUCGGGCUCGGGCGGAGCGGUGGUCUCUGCCGCCGAGUGACUCUCCUGUCUACUCUCCUGUCGGCGUCGUCGCUUCCGCUCUCGCCCUCUCUCCCACCGCGGGCCGGCGAUAACGCACGAAGAAGCGGCGGCCUCGCCGCUGUUAUAUUAUAUUUUUUUAUCUCCUUGGCGCAGAUUUAAAACGACAAGAGGUCUACUUGGAAGCGAUUUUUUUUUUUACCCCUCCUCCCCCCCCGCCAUCCAAAGCAGUGACUUGACCCGCAAUGAGAACACUCGGAAAGAGCCGACAUGAGUGGGAGUAGAUUUUUCCGAUGAAAUGCCGAUAAUGGGACUUUUAAUUUCAGCCGAGAUCUGUCCGGAUCAACGACCCGGAAAAUAUUUUUCUGCACACAGCACCUAUGUACUUCCUUUCGGCAUGGCUUUGGCUACUACUCGUCACGUGCCACCGACUCCAGUCUACCAGCAACCCAGAACGUGUUCAGCCAGAAAGUAGUGUCUGCCAAUAUACCUAGAGGAUGCUAGAACUUGGCUCAAUGCAAUGCAUGCUGGUCGGCGUGUGUGUGCGCAAGACAGAAGCGCAACGGGUUAGCGUGCUGCACUCCGAACCCGGUGACCCGAAUUCGAUUCCCCGCUCACUGCCACCAACACCUGCGAUGAUUAUCUGAACCGGUUCUGGGUCUCCCCUAGGUCAACUGAGCCUGGAUUGAGUACCUGGUGCAGUGUGUAAACAUCGCCACUCAGGAGACAAAGGCGGCCGGGCAUGGUGCUGGCCUUCCUUCUCCUCGUGUGCAGUGCCGGCCUCCAUAGAUUCUCGCUUAGCAGCACUUGCCACAGAAGUCUGUUAAGGCUAUUCUGGAGGGAUCUUUGUCUUUUGUGUGUCUGAGUGGCUUGCCUCUCUCUUGUGUCCUAUGGAAGGUUCGUUGAAACCUCGUGUAUUUUUUUAUUCGGUGCAAGCUCUACACACGGCAAUUCUACGGCUCACGUGGAAGACCUUGUGCAUGAAUAUUAUCGUGGAUUGUUGCGAGCGUGGUAGUGGCGGGGGUAUCGGAGGCUGCCCCGUUCCUGGUUUAGGUGUUAGAUUGUCGAAUUGUAAAACCAAUUUUACCGUUUAGUGAUCUUCAUUGGUUAAGUUUUUGUCCUGGCCUGAGGGCCACAGCACCGCACCGCCUUGGCGGGAGCCGAACAGAUGUCUUAAGUGCCUCCGCCUGAAUUUAGCCAAGGGUUCUCACGAUGGUUCACAAUGGUCUGCUACGGUGCCCGGUCAGGUUUUUCCACACGCCCAUCGCCGGGCUCUCUCCGGUGUCUCCACUUGGGAUGGGCGGCGAGCGCGUUUGACACGGAGGGGGUGGUUUUGAACGAGACGUUUCGUGGGUUCGGCUUGCUGUGCCGUCGUUUCGGCGGCAGGUCCCGAACCCCAGGGGAGUUUGAUCAAUUGGCUUUUGAAAAUCGUUGCGCGGCCAAAUGGUUAAACAAAUCGCCCCAAUAACUUGUAUGUAUGUAUGUUGAACUUCUCUCGCACCGUACGUGCUUAAUCGUAGGUGCGGGGGAAGGACGACAAACUAAACACAAGAAACGUUCAAUCGUGCGGCUGCCGCGGCCGCACUGAUUACAAACACGUGACGCACGUGGGAGUGACGCGAUGUUUGAGGAGGCAUGCCCACUCGGUGACCGCAAAGCUUUUUCCCCGACUUUGGCGGCGACCGAGGACGUGGCGAGCACCAACAACGCGGAUGGUUUUUCUUUGCCGAGACGUUUUGUUGCGGAGUCGUGGCGAGCUUUGCGUUCAUUAAAUGUUAAAACACCGUGCGUGAAAUCGAGUGUGAAUUUACCCCUUCCCCGUGUCCUCACGGGGAGCGGCGUCCAUUGAAGAUGCUCCACAGUGAGCCCGGUAAGGAAUGUCUAUCCGUCCACUUUGCGGCCUGUAUCGGAGAAAUUAAUUGUUAUGCCGAGUGGCCGUAUCCAUCCGUGCGAAUGCAUGAAUGUUCGUUCGUCUGUAGCGCCGCUGCGCAGGUUUUUUUUGCGGUUGCGCUCGUACGGCUUGUUCGGGAACUGCAUUGAUUGAAGAAGCUCCCGGCACGUGGAGCGAAACGUCGGACAUCGUGCCGAAUUGCACACGGCAGCGCGAUCUCGAAUUCGUGUAAGAGAGAGCUUGCGCUGUUCUUAUUAAAACUAUUGUUUUUGGUCAACAUUUCAAGGUUUACCACAGUCGUAAGUGGUUUCUAACGAGAAGGUAUCAGUUGUGUUGACAGUGUUGCUGGCACUUUCAUUUGACACGUAACAUUACUCACACGGGUAACGUGGGCACUGAACGAUUCACAGCGUCCCCUGCCCACACCUCGGCGAUUCCACGAAUUGUAACGAUCUUGGUCGCAGUUUCAUUGGAGAACCGUUCCCUUUGUCCCGUUCCUUAUUUUGUUCGUCUCGCGUGUGCAAGUUUUUUUUCCCCUCUCUCCCAUUAGCCUAAUUGUAAGUAGAUUAUAAAUAACAUGUACAGUCCAGCCAUUUGUCAAUCCACUCCCGAAUGAAGGCCUCACCAAGCAGUGUCGGUCAUGGGGGUUCUGUAACCAUACAUCAUGCUGCCCAGUGCAGAUUGGUUAAUCCAUUAAUCAAUUUGAGUCAAUUCUUAUUCUCACAAUCGAAUUGCGUAGCAAAUGUUUGAGAUUCGUUCAAAUUAUACCCAGCCGCAUGCCAGCGUUACAUUUUUGGCUCGUGGAGCAAAUGAAAGUACGAAAGAGACGGUACAAGCGAGACGGCAAAAGCAACACGAACGGAAUGCGUUCUUGAAUGUCGGCACCGAAUCGUAAUGAUUCACAAUUCAUCGAAUCGCUGGGUGGGUGGUCGAGGUGAUUUUUUCCGUGGCUAAUAUCCAGAUAUCGAGUCCCGGGCAGUGUCAGUGUCUAUACCAGGGGUCGGCAACCUACGGCUCCGGAGCCGCAUUCGGCUCUUUACGGGCUGCUUCUUGACGAUAUGUACGUAUGUACAGUAUGUACUCAGAUGCAUUGCGGCUCUUGAAAUACUGAAUUUUGUACCGAAUUGGAAAGAGAUGGCUCUUUUUGUUAUUUUGGUUGCCGACACCUGGUCUAUACAGUUAAGUGAGAUGUCUUGUUUCCAUUAUCGUUUCAAAACAUAAAUAGAUUUUUUUUUCAUUCGGUUAUUUCCUAGAAAGGUUACGUAACGCACGACUGGCUCCUGAUCGGAUAUAACCAAGUCACUCUUGAAGUAUGUGGGAUCUCCAAAACUAAGCACGGUUGAACCUGGUCAGUACUCGGAUGGGAAAUUGAAAUACCGGGUGUUGUCGACUUUGGCUGUGACAUUGGAAGAACAUAGCAGUUGAAAUAGUUCAGAUUAUUGAAUCCAUCCAUGCCGGGCUGUUGAAUGUUACCCUCUGUCGUGUGUGUGUGGUGGGUUUUUCUCCAGGUGUGCCGGUUUCCUGACUUCACUAAACAUCGCAAUGCAGGGCCCUCCUGAA